AUGGAUCAAACUGUUCACUCAGAUGUCCCAUACAUUGCCAAAAUUGUGAUACAGAAACAGGUGCCUGUUUGUGGUGCGAUAUUGGAUAUAGAGGAGAAAAUUGUGAUUUCUCUUGCGUAUCGGGGACCUUUGGAGCAAACUGCACCAGUCAGUGUGGACACUGUGCCGGGUACUGUGACCAUAGAUACGGCAAUUGCUCUGGAGGGUGUACACCAGGCUUGCGUAUCGGGGACCUUUGGAGCAAACUGCACCAGUCAGUGUGGACACUGUGCCGGGUACUGUGACCAUAGAUACGGCAAUUGCUCUGGAGGGUGUACACCAGGGUAUAAUGGGAUAAUGUGCAAGGAAGAAUGUGCUCCAGGUUCGUAUGGUGCUGAUUGUGAGGAAUAUUGUGGACAAUGCAUAGGAGAAUGUAAUCACGUGCAUGGAACGUGUCAUGCAGGAUGUCAGACGGGAUACAAAGGAUUAACAUGUAAAGCAGAGUGUGCAUCAGGAACCUAUGGAAAAGAUUGCAGUAGUAGAUGUGGUGAAUGUCUUGGAGUCUGUGAUCAUAUAAAUGGACUUUGUCCAAGAGGUUGCAAAGCAGGUUAUGAAGGGAUUAAGUGUAACAAAGAAUGUACUGUGAAUAGAUAUGGUGCAAAUUGUAGUGAACAUUGUGGAGAAUGCGUGGAAGGAUGUAGUAAUGUUGACGGAAUUUGUGUUGGAGGAUGCAAGGCUGGAUACAAAGGGGGGACCUGUGAUGAAGCUUGUGAAUUCGGAUAUUUUGGAAAAAACUGUCACCAAGAAUGCAGUAUGUUUUGCUUCACUUCUCGGAACUGCAGUAGAUUUAGUGGACAUUGCGAAUUUGGAUGUAAACUGGGAUGGAAAGGCUUGAAUUGUCUCGAGAGUAUUGCUUUUGAAAUGCUUUCAUAUAUACAUAUAUAUAAAUACCUCGGUUUGAAUAACAUGAAAUUUUAAU